GGGAGCAGCUUAGGCGCGGGGACACACCGGCAUCCCCCUGGCACCCAGCGAGCACCUCGGGGCACCCCACAGCUCCCAGCCACAGACCCCUGGGAACAGCCAUGGCAGGGGACGGGGAGCUCAACCGCGUCAUCAAGGAUCUGCAGAAGACUGUGGCCGAGCUGAACCACGGCUACCGAGAGCAGAACUUGCCGGUGACGGAUGGGAGUCGGGAGCUGCACAGCCUCUGUGCCCAGCUGGAGUUCCUCCUCCAGUUCGACCUCAAGGAGAAGAGGAGCUUCUUUGGGCAGCGCAAGGACUAUUGGGACUUCUUGUGCCAGGGCCUGGCACGGCGCCGGCAGGAGCACGAGGGUGUUCGCUUCGUCACCUCCCUGGACAAGCUGAAGACCCCCGUGGGCAGGGGCCGAGCCUUCCUGCGGUACUGCCUGGUGCACCGCCAGCUGGCAGAGUCCCUGCAGCUCUGCCUCCUCGACCCCGAGAGCCUGCGUGAGUGGUACUACGCCCGCAGCCCCUUCCUGAGCCCCCAGCACCGGGCAGAGAUCCUGGGCAGCCUCUACGAGCUGGAUGGUGUCACCUUCCACCUGGCCCUGCGCAGAGCUGACCUGGACAUCGCCUGGCCCAUGUUCUCCGAGACACUGGUACGGCCCAGCCCUGUGUCCGGGAGCAGCCCGGCAAAGAUGGCCCUGCAGACAGAUGGCACCAGCAUCGAGGCGCAUGGAUGGCCUGAUGUAAUCGCCCGUCCCAUCACAUCACCCCGUGGGGUGCCAGCCCACCCGUGCCCACCCACCUUUACUGCCCCACGGACAGGGAGUGUAGAGGUGGAGGAGGAGGAUGUGAAGGUGAAGGAGGAUAUGGAAGUGAAGAAGUACGUGGAAAAAGAGGAUGAAGAGGAGAUGGAGGAGGAGGAGGAAGAGGAUGAGGAGGAGGAGGAGGAAGAGGAGAAGAAGGAGGAGGAUGUGGACGUAGAUGUGGAGGAAGACGUGGAGGUGGAGAAGAAAAUGGAAGAGGAGGGUGAAGAUGAGUUGGAGGAAGAUGGGAAGGAGAUGGAGAACGUGGAUGUGAAGGAGACGGAGGAUGCACAUGGUGUUGGCAAAGCACCCCAGCCCAAUGGUGACGAGGAGCCUGGCACGUCCCCACCACCCAGCACCGGGUGCUUGCCGGGCUCCUCACUGCCAGUGCCCGGACAGCCGGAUGGGACAGAGGCAUCCCUGUGGGCACUGGUGUCCCGGCUGCGGGCCGAGCUGGGGCAGCGGGAGGCGGCGUUGCGGGAGCUGGCUUCCCGGCUGGCGCGGGAGCAGCGGCGGCACCGGCGGCAGGAGGAGUCCAGCUCCCGGUGUGCCCAGCUGCAGGCACAGGAGGCCGAGGCACUGCGGGAGACCAACACCUUCCUGGGGCAGGCACUGGCGGCGGCAGUGGCGGCGGGGGGCCCAGGAGCACUGGCACAGGCGCAGGAGGAGGCACAGGGCUGGCGGCAGGCAGCGGAGGAGCGGGGUGCCCAGCUGGCCGGGGCGCUGGCGGAGGCAGCAGCCCUGGCCUCACGCCUGCGGGAAUGCCAGGCGGCGCUGGCAGUGGGACCGAUGGACAGACUGGAGGAUGCCAGUGUCCCCGAGGAGGUGGCCACUGUGGAGGAGGUGCUGCGGCAGGCACUGGAGCUUGCCCGUGGCCCCCUGGAGCCCCCGCUGGACCCCCAGGUGGAGGGAGACCCUGGCACAGCCGCCAGCAUGGCCAUGCGCCUGGCCGCCCUGGCCACCACAGCACAGGAGGAAGCCCGGCAGAGCCGGCAGCAGCUCCUGGCCCAGCGGCAGGAGGUGGCUCAGCUGCAGGAGCAGCUCAGCAGGGCCCGGCAGGAUGGGGAGCGCUGGGCAUCGGCGCUGCAGCGGGCGCAGCGGGAGGCCCUGGAGCGGGAGGCCACACGCGGCGCCGAGCAGGCACGGCAGCAGGAGCUCAUCCGUGACAUGAAGGGGCGGCUGCUGGAGCUGCUGCGGGAGAAGGACGCCUUGUGGCAGAAGACAGAGGGCAUUGACACCCCGAUGCCCAGCCCGGCGCCCCACGACACAGGGUUCUGCGCCCGCUGCCACAAGGAUUUCCGCCUCCUCUCCCGGCGGUACAACUGCAGGCUGUGCCAGGGCAAGGUGUGCCACGCGUGCUCCGUGGACAUGGGCAAGCAGGGGCGCUGCUGUCUCCUUUGCUACCAGCAAAGGCACCCACAGGGUACAUAAGCCGGGACCACAGCCCUUGCACCGUACCUGGGACACCCCCUGCCCUGGCUGCCUCCUCUCCGACUUACCGGGGAUGUAGGUGUUGGGGGCCUUCAGGCAGGUCCUGCUGCCCAACAUUUUGGGUUUGAGACGUAUCUUUCUUGUGGCUGGUCCACGGAGAAGAAAACAACCUAUUCCUGCUACCCCUGUGGCUCCCGUGUCGUCUAUCGGUCAUCGCCGGAUUCAUCCCCACGCUGGGUGUGGGGUGAUGCUGGUAUGGGGGUGUCAGCCCUCCCGGGGGGAACCAUCCCCAUAAGGGGUGUCCCAGCUGCAGCCACGCUGACCCGCCGUCUGCUCCGUCCUGCAGCGGGGAGGCAGCAACAGGAAGGGGAGACGGUUCUUGGCCAACAGCCCUGGCUUCCUGCCAGGCUGGGAGGAACGGCUUGGGCAAGAGGUUUCCCAGAUGCAAAGGUGAUGGGCUGUCCCUGCCCGGCCCCCCCCGCUGACCCUGCCCAGCCCCAAGUCCCCAGGGCUCCCUACAUGGGUGCCAGGGACCCCCGUAGCCACCCGUGAGCCAGCCCACAGCUGGCACCCACUGAUGCCCCCCAUGGUUAUGAAUCCUGAGGAGCCUGGAGCAGGGGGGGUGGAGGAACGGUACGGCACCCCCCGUGGAGAGUUGCUUAGGCAUGGUGGGACAGGCACCCCGGUACCAGGCACACAGCGGGGAUCCCAGCAGCGUCACAGCCCCCUCUUCAGCACCUCUGCCCCACUCUGGUGCCAGCCCCAGUUGCCCAAGCUGGGGCGGAAAUGUCCUGGUUGUGUAAGGGACAGGUCCCCAACCCUUUGCACAAUGAUGUCCUGGCACCACAGUACCAGGGGGGGCAAGAGGUGCCCCGGGUGACAGCACCCUUCAGGGCAGCAGUCACAGGGCUGCUUGGUUGCAGCAAGGGGCUUCCCAGGGACCUUGCAGUGGUUUGCUCCAAUGUGGCUCAGAUCGGGGUCAGGAAGGGAGUAACUUCAUCUACUGGUGGGACAGAUGCUACAUGGAGACCCCCACACUGGAGAAGUACCAGGACCUGGUUGGGUGGCUGUGAGGACCAAGCCCUUUGUGUCCUCUCUGGGGAUGCACACGAUGCUGAACACUCUGCAACAGCCUCUUGGGUAACAGCCCUUCCCUGGCCUGGCAGCGGGCUUACCCACACCCUGCCGGGCUCAGCUGGCACCUCUGCUUUGGCACCGAGGUGGAGACCCCAGAACCCACCGUCCCCAGAGACGUGCCCUGGCCCCAUUCCGCCAUCCCCCUCC